CGUGCGGAGGAGGGCGUCCGAGUCGGGAUUUCGACAAAAUGCGCCAUAAGAGAGAGAGAGAGAGAGAGAGAGGAGAGAGGGGAACAGGAAUUCGAUGGCCGAAGAGAACACAGAUCUAUAUAUGGAAGGGUGAGGGAGGGGGGACCAGGGUAAGGGAAGAGCUUCCGACGCCCUUCUCUUCCUUUAUGGUGAUCGAGCUGUGGAGAAAUUUGAAAUUUCUGUCGUCUCCUUGGAGUUCGAAGAGCGUGCGCUAGUGGAGGUGUCCGAUAGGCGAGAUGGAUGGUAAAGGUGGUUCCUUUGUGGCCGUGAGGAGAAUAACUCAGACGGCUGGUCGAGGGCACGGUUAUCAUCCGCCACCUGGAUCAACUGCAUGGAUUGGAAAAGGCAUUUCAUGUGUUUGUGCCCAAGGAAUAAAAAGUGAGGCUCAUCUAAUAUUUGAUCUUACUUCUUCUCAGGAACAAUGCUUGCAUAGGCUACAAAGACGGAUUGCCAUUGUUUAUGAUAGUUCAAAGAAAGAGCAUCAGGAAGCCUUGAAGGCCAUAUGGGGUGCUGCUUAUCCUGGCGUUGAACUCCUUGGUUUAAUAUCUGAACAAUGGAAGGAUAUGGGAUGGCAAGGGAAAGAUCCUUCCACAGAUUUUAGGGGUGGCGGUUUCAUAUCUGUGGAAAACAUGCUAUUCUUUGCCAGAAACUAUCCUAGAUCCUUUCAAGAUCUUCUCCAAAAACAGAAUGGAGAACGUGCACUGUGGGAAUACCCUUUUGCAGUAGCUGGUGUUAAUAUCACAUUCAUGCUCAUACAAAUGCUUGAUCUUCAGCUUGCCAGACCCAGAUCAUUUAUUGCAGCUGUCUUUUUGAAGUUACUUUCAGAAAAUGACCAAGCUUUUGACAUAAUGUACUGCAUAGCUUUCAUGUUGAUGGAUCAGCAAUGGCUUACUAUGCAUGCCUCAUACAUGGACUUCAACAUGGUGAUGAAGUCCACACGUCGUCGACUGGAGCAGGAGCUUCUUAUAAAGAGUGUCAGUCGAAUCGAGGACUUAUCUUCGUAUAGACUCCUUGCUCGUUAGCAACUCAUUGGUUAUGUUCGAGUCUGAACAAUUUGAUUCCCUUUGGUUGUUGUGGUGUGUGAAAUUGCUGUCUGCAAGUGUUAUGAAUUCAUGCUUAACAAGGAAAGAUUCCCUAGUAGAAAAAGCUGAAAGUGUUGCAUUUAGUCUGUGUUUGGAUGGGGUGAGGGAAGCUUCAAUUUAGUAGAAAAAUCUGAAAGUGUUGCAUUUAGUCUGUGUUUGGAUGGGGUAAGGAAAGCUUCAUUAAUAGAA